AUGUUGCUCCUUGCCAUCCUGGGCGCGCUUCUACCCGCUGCCGUAACGGCGAUGGAGUUCUUCACCCCGCCAGCCUUCGGAACCAGGGGCGAUUUCAGCAAGAACCCCACCUAUGUCGAGUUGUCCACGGUUGACCUCCACUGGAGCGCUCCUCCCAAGGGCUUGCCCUAUUCCGUGACGUUGUUCCAGAUGAACGGAACCGAGACCAUGGGACAGUUGGAGCAUGUCACCCGCAGUGUCGUGGAAAUGACGGGAUGGCGGUGGAUUGUCGCGACGACAAAGGACCUGGACGUAUCCAACAUGUUCAUGCUGAUCAUCUUCGAGGAGGGCACAAGCAAUAAUCUCGCCAUGAGCCACUACUUCAACAUUUCGAGACGCGGCGAAGGAAUAUCCAACUUUCAGCAGCCGUCCGAGACAACCACGAAGCUCCCGACCGAAACCACGGUUAUCCUCAGCCCCGGGCUGUCGACGACCACAGCAACAAGCGACGGGCCUGGAGCAACCUCUGAUGCCGGUGGCACAACCAAAGAUGAGUUCCCCAAUCAGCAACCUGCGGGAGCCAGCCCAACUGGUCUGUCCACCAGUGCUGGCAUCGGUAUCGGAGUCGGAGCAACAGCUGUUCUCGCCAUUGGUAUUGCCAUUGGUGCGUACUUUCUCGGUCGACGGCGAGGAGGCGCAAACGCGCAAGCUCAAAAUGCCGAGGUGGUUGGGCCAAUUGCUGGAAGUCCAGGUCAGGGCAGCGGCACACUUCACAGCGGUGCAUCGACGCAGGCUGUUUCACCAGGAGCCUAUCACUAUGGCGGACAGUAUCCAGUCGAAGCCGAUUAUUACAGUCCAAAGGUCGAGAUGGAUAACCGUCACUAUAUUCCAAACACACAUGUCCAUGAGGCGUUUACCAACGAGAAUCGAAUCGAGCUGCCAGCCCAGGGUCAACAGCACACCGAGCUGAGCAACAGGCCAUGA